CAGGAAAUUUGCGUGAAGCAUUGCAACAGAAGCGAAGAGUUGACCGUGGAAAUCUGAAAGUUCUAAAUGUUCACAUCAAAAAUGCCAGAAUGCAACUACUGAAGGGCAGAGCAAAAAGGGCAUCAAACAAUUAUUCUGCAUCAUCAACAAGAUGUCCACGAUCUCACGAAGACAGUAUGUGGCUCGGAGAGAUGCGAUGCUCCAUUCAAAACCUAGGCUGAGUGUGUGAAGGGAACUAAAUUCGGUGGACGGGUAGAUUGUCUGUAGCUAGUCAACUCUGUGUCAGCAUCUGUGAUUGCAGCCUACGAUAGUUCUGGCAUUGUUUAUUUCCAUAACUUUUCUAUAAGUAGAAAACCCACAGAAAAAAGUAGUUAACAAAUAGAAUAAGACAACAACAAUCAACCAAAAACACUUUAUAGAAUUUUACCAAUUAGCAUGUUUCGUUUCAAAAGGAAGAUUAUUAAAAGAUUAUUAACUCCUCCAAGGGUGCGAAGUGUCUAAUUGUAGAAGAGACAAUCAGUCAUCUGUUAUGGCAGCAUCAGUUUUUUGCCAUAUUCUGGACAUAUUUACAUUCAGUGAAGAUCAUUCAAUGUACAUCAUUAAAAAAAAUUAAAUUUCUGACAAAAAUGAAUGUAACAAAAGACAUGGACUGACAAAGUGUUAGACAUAAUUAUGUUGGCAGCACUUUAUAUUUAUUUAUUCAAAUGGAAGAACAAUGUGCCAUAUGUACAAGUUUUAUUAGAAGAUUGUGAAUUAUAGAUAUGCCUUAGAAAGGUAUCAUAGCUUGAUAAGUAAUCGCACACCUUUGUGAGUUAUUGUAGAAGCCAUACAUUGAACUAUUAAUAUGAGCACAAGUAGUAGAAGCUUGGAUAUACUCACCAGCUCCAUCUCCUCUUGACUCUCUCUCCACUUUUGAUAUUUCAUAUCUCUGUAUUCCUGUCUCUCCCUGUGUACUGAAUGAAUGUGCUUUAAGAGUGAAAGAUAUUUUUGAAUGUAUGUAAUUAUAUGUAUAUUUUGUAGUAAAUAAAUGAUGCGGCUUUUGAUGUCAUCGUCCGCUCCACCAUCUUUGUUGACAUUACUCCGCAGAUACGUGAAAUGGACAUCUGUCACCUUCUAGGCAGUAAGGCGAAGGGACAUCAAGAAAUGCAUUUUAAAUUGUAGGUCUCAAGCAGUCGCUAGCUUCCCUAAUUUUGGUCUGAAGAGUCAACAUUCCACGGGUUAUAGUGGCUUAAAGACCAAAGUGAAUUGUUUGCGUUUUUGCAGAUAUCGGUAGAUAUAGGCGAUAUAAAACUAACCUGUAAAUUUCAGCUUCCCAAACAAAUCCUUUAAUUAAUUAUCUGCUAGCAAAGUACGUGAUUCACACCUGCGAUCAACGGGCGCCGGUAACGGAAUACUACGUCACCAGUCACAAGGUUUCUAGCAGUCAACACCAACCUUGCGUGUCCAUCUGCACUGGACUCCUGACACAUUCCUCAAGCUUCACAAAAUUAAACAAUAGUAAAUACGAGCUUUCUUUGUGCGUUCAUAAACAGAUCUCUAACCAAAUAUAAAGGAGGGUAACUGGAUAAAUUCACAUUCUAACACCCAAAGUCUAUUAAAAAAAAUUUAAUAUUAUGGCAAAUAUACAAAUGCCAUAUUUUUAUAAGAAGGAAAACAAUAUUUAAAAGGCUAUCACAUACUAAUGGUCUAUAAGUAAUGAACAGUAGAAACCAAUAUAAUACCUGAAACUGCAUAACAGUGUACUUGUUCACACGAUUGUUUUAUAUGUCUGCAAUGUAAACUUUCAGCUCUAGUGAUAGUGAUUGAUAAAAGGGAUUUUACCAGCCAGCACCUGUCGCCCUACGGCAAGAAAAGUUGUGACAAGAUAGGUAGAAGGGAAAGGGAGAGGUUUGUUGUUUCCCAAUAGGACACGUUCGGCAAGUUAGGUGCAAGCAAUGGCUUUUUUAAUUUAUAUAUAUAUCUAAAUAUCCGGGAAGCCGAGUCUUACUGCAUUUGUCAGUCAACAAUAGAAGUGUAAAAAGUGGGUACAGGGUGGUGGGUACAACAUGGGUGUGUAUGUGUAUAUACAAUUGCUGCUUGCGUCAUAACAUGAUUUGCACGCACAACUGAAGAAUAAAUACAGUCACGUGACGUAUACAGACCCAGCGAUCCAUUACUGUCCACGUAUAAUGGCGAUCCCUCUAGAUGUCAAGAAUCACUCCUUAUUUAAACCUAGUGACCUGCAACCGUCAUAAGAUCACAGCGCAACACAAUGACAGUUGUUGAAUGUUUUCAAUAUAAGAAAUAGCGAGCGACGAUAUAUCACAAUAAUUAUACUACACUCUGGUUUGUCAGUCAAUAGUUCCGUGUCUCUUUGCUAGUCAGCGUGUAGAAAAAUAAUUACUUCCAGAAUAAUCGUACUUUUGGUUUCGGUUUGUCUAUAAAGAUCUAUGUAUUUGUGUACCUGAGUGAAGCCAUGAAUCAGUAAGUGCUGAGGGUUGGUAGACAGAUGAAAUAUUUUUUCACCUGCAAUUAUCUGCCUCGGCCAAGCUCAGUUGAAGUUAGUCAACCUGUCUACGUUCCUAACUUUCAAGUCCGGCCUCACAACGCAGUAACCCGCCACCUCAGAACUCAAUUCCCGAAAGGUCAGAGCACUACCAUCGUCCGGCCAAGACUGGCACAUAGACCAUAUUCGAUGACAUGAACAGUAGUGCAAGGUCCAGAGAAUACAGGGCUAGACAUUACAUUCGUCAGAUGUAAAUAGACAGCACUGGUCAGACGGGAAGAGUAGGACUAUAACUGUGACAGCUACCCGAAGGUCCCCGAUUAGACAGUAGAAUCUUUUCCGCACGGAGAAACAAGAAAAACGGAUAAAAACGUCUAACCCAGAAGCAGUUUAAGAUGGGUUUGUUUAUUUCCAAACUUGGUUUCUUUCUUUCAAAACUCAUUGUGUGGAAAAAGGACGGUGACGCAUCUGCACAAAAUCAUGGAAAUCAAAGAAAUGAUAGAGAACAAAUAUCAGAUAACUCUGACUUGAUGACAGAUGAGGAAACAGAUCACAGUAGUGUACGUAGGCGUUGGAAUCCACGGUCAGAACUUGACGAUGACAACGACGACUACAGGGAAACCGCAAUAGCAACACUGACGGUGACAUCACAUCCAGGGACAGAUACGUCACCAUCAUCAUACAUCUCAGGACCAGGUGCAGCUGUGGAAAACUCAGGUCAAACAGCGGACCAGACGGCACAGCAGUUGGAACAACUCGAUAACAGGAAUCGUGACCUGCAAGAGAUCGUCCAAGUGCUUCAAUAUCAGUUUGACGAGGAUAGGAGACAAAAACAGAGAAUGAUGCAGAAACUUGCAAGUCUGGCAGCGACUUGUACUGAGAACCAACAUAAACUACAGAACCUUGAAGAAGAAGGGAACAAAUGGAAAAAAGAGAAAAAAGAAUUUGAAGUAGAACAACAUAGACGGCAUGUGAAACAACUUGAGGACAAGGACAAGGCAAUAAAGCAGCUCCAAAAGGAAUUUCAGAAAAUGCAAGCAGAGAAGCAAGGAAAACUGCUGCAAAAACUAGAGGAGACGAAUAACAAGGUGAUGAAACUUGAAUCAGACUGUCACGAGACACAAGGGCAUCAAUCAGAACAAAACAGGAUGCUUUGUCACCAACUCGAAGAAAUGAAAAAUGCCAUGUAUCUAUUUGAACUCAGCUGCCCUGAUGCACAAGGGCAACUAGCGGCGCAGCUGCAGGAAAAACUCGAUACACACACACUUGUCCUGCAGGACGUACAAGGUCACAUGGAGGCAACGGAACAGCAGUUUGUUGCCUUGCAGAUGUGGACGCAACAGACGGAUUCGGCUUUAGAGGAGCUGAGAAGAGAGGCAGAGGUCAGAGACCAUCAACUUCGGGAGUAUCACGGUCGCAUGGAGGCAGCGGAACAGCAGUUUGUUGCCAUGCAGAUGAGGAUGGAACAGUCGGAUUUGGCUUUGGUGGAGCUGAGAAGAGAGGCAGACCUCAGAGACCAUCAACUUCGGGAGUAUCACGGUCACAUGGUGGAAGCGGAACAGCAGAUUGUUGCCAUGCAGAUGAGGAUCGAACAGUCGGAUUUGGCUUUGGUGGAGCUGAGAAGCGAGGCAGAGGUCAGAGACCAUCAACUUCGGGAGUAUCACGAGAUGCAGAAUGACAACGUGCAGAAGCUGAUGGAAAAAGUUUCUCAAAAGGAAGAGGAGGCUCGGAGAUACAAGCUGAGAUUCAACAGACAAACACGAAAAUUGCGUGCAGUCUUGCUGAAGAAGCUGAGAGCUGACCGUGGAAAUCCGAAAAACCUAAAUAUUUACAUCAAAAAUACCAUAAUUCAAAUAUUGAAUGUCAGAGCACAAAGGGCAUCAAACAGUUAUUCUGCAUCAUCAAGAAGAUACCCACGAUCUCAAGAAGAUCAUAUGUUGCUCGGAGAGAUGCCAUUGUCCAUUCAAAACUUCGACUGAGUGUGUGAAGGGACCUAAAUGUACAUCAUUAAAAACAAAUUAUUUUCUGAAAAAAUUGAUUUUGCAUGGAAUGCAACAAAACACAUGGACUGACAAAGUGUUAGAAAUAAUUAUGUUGGCAGCACUUUAUAUUUAUUUAUUCAAAUGGAAGAACAAUGUGUCAUAUGUACAAGUUUUAUUAGAAGAUUGUGAAUUAUAGAUAUGACUUAGAAAGGUAUCAUAGCUUGAUAAGUAAUCUCACACCUUUGUGAGUUAUUGUAGAAGCCAUACACUGAACUAUUAAUAUGAACACAAGUAGAAGAAGCUUGGAUAUACUCACCAGCUCCAUCUCCUCUUGACUCUCUCUGCACUUUUGAUAUUUCAUAUCUCUGUAUUCCUGUCUCUCCCUGUGUACUGAAUGAAUGUGCUUUAAGAGUGAAAGAUAUUUUUGAAUGUAUGUAAUAAAAUGUUUAUUUUGUAGUAAAUAAAUGAUGCGGCUUUUGAUGUCAUCGUCCGCUCCACCAUCUUUGUUGACAUUGCUCCGCAGAUAGGUGAAGCUGUCUGUUUGCAGGAUGUUCUCUUUUUGUUCCCAGAUCUUGUGGCUCAUUGUCUCUCUCUGAUUAGUGUUGACUGCAGGUAAUGUCGUGAAUGGUGCACCAACGUGACGUAGUACACUGUUAGCAGCGCUCGUUGACCGCAUGUGCAAAUUGGCAUUUCACGCGGGACCUUUAGCCGAAGUCAAGUGUGUGACGCCCCUUAGCUCACACAUUUCUCUCGCCAUUGUAUCAAUGUAUCAGUGAACUCUCUCUCACUAUCCCUCCUCAUGUGAACCGU